UUAUUCAUUCUCUAUUGAAUGUUCAGGGCGUUCGCAUCUAGGCAAGGCAAGGGCCCAUAAAAAUUGUUUAUAUACGUGUGAUAUUUUUCGUUGUCCGAAUUAAUAACUCCUGUAUAUAAAAUUAAUUGUGCAAAACAAAUUUAAAAAAGAAAACAAUUAAGUUUUGGCUGAAACAUUUAACUCACUAUGGAAAGAAACGAGACUCAAGGUCAGAAUAAGAAACAAAACAAGAAUCAAAACCGUAAGAAGAAUGGGAACAAUAACCAGAAUAACCAAAAUAAUAACCGAAAGAAGGAUGAGGACACCACCAACGGCAGCAAAGAGGAGAGAGAUAAGCAAUUAAAAGAGCAAGAGCAAAAGAUGAAAGAACACAAGGAGAAGCAACAAAAGAAGGAAAGCCGUAAGGACAGAGAACGUCAGAUUUGCCUAUUGACCAAUAAGCUGGCGCGCGACAAGAAGGAUUACAUGUUGUGCUCGACAAGACAAUAUAAUUUGGAUAAGGAUAGGUAUAGUAAAAAGGAUACAGAUAUGUGCUGCUCAUCGUGUCCGCCAAGGGACGCAGGCUCUGAUGAAGUCCGCUGCCCUGGGACGGGCAAGAAGGUCAAGCCAAACAAGGACAAAAUGCGCUGCUUUACAGCAAAUAUGAUCUGUCAGAAGUUAUACAUGCCCGGACGUGACUUUGAGUGCCAGGAUAAGUUGAAGAUAAUGGUCGACAUUUGCAAGGGUUGCAAGCCCGUUUUGAAGGCAGACCGUAUCAAUGUGAAUUGCCUGCCCCAGGAGCCAAGCAAAUGUUUUGCAAUGGAGGCCGAGUGUCUCCAACAACGUCUUGAAGAGGGCAUCUUGUUGACAGUCAUCUACCAGAACAGGGAGAUUGGUCAUGGCUGCUACGUUCUACCCGAAUCCUGUAUACUACGGUUAAUGAAUACGCUUGGUGAGGUUACUCAUACUGCCAAUGUGGAGCUCACGUGCCAUGGAUGCACCGUGGGCAUGUGCACUGUCCACCUUGGCCUCCAGAUGCGGUGUCAAGAACUUAAAUUAGUAAAAGAGUUGACCGAGAUUCGUUCCGAGGGCGGCAUGGACCUAUGCAUGGACUCAAUGAGCUUUCCUUCUUCAUCAACGGAUCCGUGUGCGGGUUACAUGGCCAACGAAGAGGACUUUAUCUCCGAGGGGUCGGAUAGCGGUUGUCAAGAAUUAUUUGGAGAUUUUGGAAUGAAGGAGAACUUUGAUACAGAAAAUGUACAACCUAAUAACCUUGUGGAUAUGGCUGGGCCAUAUGGUUAUUACGAACCACAAAAUGCCGAUGAUGGAUGUCUGGCAAUGGAAGCGAGUCAACAGUUUUCACCCAAUCGGAUGCAUCAAACAAUAUCGGUGCCCCAACUAAAACAGACUUGCGUAAAUACCAGUCGCUUGUGUCAUGUCUGUAAGGAGGAUGUCUCUUGGUUGCCCAAGAUAGCAGCUUGUCCUCAUUGCGGCUACAAGCCAGUGCCCCUGUUCAACGAGAAGCCUUAUGAUGAAAAUGCAACUGCCGACGAUCUAUUGCAUAUCUGCUUAGAACAACAACAAAGCGAAGGAGCCUUAAGCUCUGACUCUGUGCAUGGACAUCCGAUGCAUGAAGUCAAUUCUUCAGAGGCUUUACAGAACUUAUUGCGAAACUAUGAACAUCUUAAGCAGAGUAUUAAAAGGGCUGAGAAUGGAGAGCAAAAGAAGCCUCAUGCCACUACCAGCUCUUCUAAAAAGGGACCGACUGCACCUGCAGGACAACAGAAUAUGGCAGCUGUUUUUACAGAGCUAAAAAAUAUGUUUAAGCUAAAAGAUGGUGACGCACAGGCUAAGAUACAAGAAAUUUGCCAAGAGGCCCAACAAUUUUCCUCCAAGACACAUCAGAAAAAAGGAUCAAAGAUUCGCGACCAAAGCGAGACUUCUGUGCAGAAAAAGAAACAAAGAAGACAGCGCAAAAAACCAAAUUUCAAAUCGAAAGUGUAUGCCAUGAUCCCCCCGUCGGGAAGAUGUUCCAAAAACAAUCAUGAGCUUAACUUUGAUGGCCCCACCGUGCCAGCCCAUAUGGGUUGGCUAUGGACUUCGAAUCCUUUGGCCAAAAAACGGGGUUGGCGUCCCGGUUCCAUACGUCGUUCCACCCGGGAGCUGAUGCGCUACUUUCUUAGAGAUUUCCCUAUGGACACCAUACCAGUUUCAAGAUACAUGUCAUACUAUAAGCAAAAGCAGCCUCCUCCAUCGGACAUUAAGGAGAAGGCAGAGGAGCUCGUCCAGAAGCCGACGCUGUAUAUCGAGAAGAAAAAUGAUGAAUAUAUCAUCACACUUCAUCCUUUAAAAUCGCCUGGAAUUUUGGAGCAUUCGGCCAAUCCAUAUGUGAACAUGAAACCUGUGCAGUUCCGUAUUGUUAAGAAUCCGCUGCUAAAGGAAAUUCGCGAUCUGAAGCGUUGUCUGAAAGGUAUGGGUUUCAAGAAAUGCACUUGCCACAGGCCUGUCAUUGCGUGCUUCUGCCGUAGUUUCAUUGAGAAGAAGCAACUGAUUGAUGAACUGCAAAAGGAGUGCGAGCAACGAGAAAUGGAAAGCGUCGAGAAUGCACUCGUACUCUCCGAUACCUCGGACAGUGAGGCUGAGUUUGAAUUCGGUGUGACACCGCCAGCUGGUUUGAUACAUCCCGAGCGUCUAAAAAAGACCACGCACCACAUUAUCAAUGCUGCGACUCAAUACGACGAGAAUGACUGGAUUACGCCGUCGAUGUUUCCGCAUCCACCCAAUCGCUUUAUGCAGUAUGGAGCCUGUGUGGUUGGAGAGCGGAAAAAGCAAUUCAAUUGGAUCUAUGGCAAGGGUAACGUACACGAGGAACCAAAGCUUCCCCCGAUGCGCAACAAACCGAAAAAGAAAGAAUCGAAAAAGAUGGCUGUACGUCAAGCAGGUGGUUUCGCCAGAGAAGUUUCAACCAAUGGCUUACGACGUUCCCAAAGGCCAUUGGUUUGUGGCACACAUUCCGAUUAUCCCCUGAGUGAGGAACGCAUGAGACGUUUGGAUCAAGCUGCUUACCCACCCACUGAUCCACAACGCCAUCAAAAGCAGAGACAAGUUAGGUUCGCUGCCGCCAACUCGUUCAACUCGAAUGAACUUCCAUAGUCCUAUUUAUGGACUAUAUCAUACAAAUUUUAGUUAUCUUUUGAAAUGUAAUCUAAAAUUAGAAUAUUUUAAUAAAUGCCGUAAAUUUUCCAACCA